GGGUAUAGGAUGCAUGCUCAUAUUCCGGACCAGUUCGUCAACAAGUUCAUUGGUAUCUUCAAGGAGGGACGUUUGUUUGCAGUGAAAAACUUCAUGGUGGAAGAGAACUACAUGUUCUUUAAAACCUCAACAAGUGCCUAUAGGCUUCGUUUUUUUAACAAGAGUGCUGCCUUUGAGAUCAAGGGGGUUCCAUUCCCCAUAAGAACUUACUCACUGGUGUCUUUUGCUUCAUUGCAAGCUCAAGACACCAUAGAUGAGAAAUAUGGAAUAGACAUAAUGGGUCAAGUAGUGCAUGAUAAAGACCCGAAAACGAUUCUGAAGAAUGAUAGGACCCGAAAAUUGAUGGAGAUGGUUUUGGGAGAUCCAGAGUAAGUCUUUGAUUUGUUCAUAAACACUUUAAUUGGUUUUUUGUGUGCCAUUAAAUUGAAAUAAACUAAAUGCUUUGAGUAGAGGGAAUGUGAUUGCAUGUACUCUUUGGGGACCGAUGGUUGAGAUGCUCAUGACAUACAAGCAGACAACAUCGGAUCCGAUUGUGAUGCUGCUGCAGUGUUGCAGAGCAAAAAAAUACCAAGGUUGUCUUAACAUCUGUACCCCUUCUGCUUACUGUAUGCUCUAUAAUCUAACACAAGAUGUUAUUUAGGUCAUGUUCAUGUGUCAAACAUGUUCAACACCACCAAGGUCAUUUUAAAUGGAAGUGAUGAUGAAUUUGUGGAGUUCAAGUCAAGGUAGAAACAAUAAUCUAUAAUCAAGACCAAAACAAAACACAGCUCUCUCUAACAUUUGAUAAUAAAAUAUAAAAUCAGGAUGGCUGAGAGGUCCAGUAGUGGACUUAGGUUUUCAAUAACAACUGACAACUCAGACGAUGGAGACUUGGCAACUGGCCAGCAAGAUUUGAUCACUAUUGAUGCCCUAUUAAAACUUGAGGAGGCAAGUGUAUUGUAAUUAUAAUUUGAAAGCUCUUAUAGAGAAAAUUUGACUCGACUUUUUGUUUGAUAACAGGAAGGGAAACAUUGGGUUUACGGAGAGAUAGUGGCUAUCGACAACUACAAAGAUUGGUCCUACAUUUCAUGCAUUAGUUGUAACCGGAAGGUUUCCACUAACGGGGAGAGCUUUUGGUGUGCCUCUUGCAAUGCAAAUGACGCUGUUCUUCGGUUUAAGGUGAAUGUGAGGGUAGUUGAUUCCACAACACAUGCCUCCUUCUUGCUGUGGGAUAGGGAGGUCUCAUGCUUACUGGGAAAGUCGGCUGCCUCCCUUAAGGAACAAAUAACUAGGGUAUGUGUUGGUACUAAGUUCUAUUUUUCUUAGUUUGUCUUACAUGGUAUACUAACCUAUAAUUAUUUGCAGAGGAACUUUGGACCACAUUACUUCCCCUCUGAGAUAACCUCUCUCAUUGAUAUAAAAGCUUUGUUUAAGGUGCAUGUUAAAAGAGAAGGCAGGGGUUUCAAAGGAAAUCAGACUUUCAGCGUUAUAAAAAUGAACACCGAUCCCAAGGUGCUGGCACUUUACUCAUCACAGAUUAAUGCUGUGGAGGUAUACAUUUUAAUUUGUUUCCCUGGGUAUAAAGACUCUUUCCCCUGCAUUUUUUACGGGCUAUUCUUGCAGGAGGAAGAUGAGUUCACUCGAUUGGCUAAAGAGUUUUCAGGUCCUGGAAGUGGGGUAGGUAUUCUAAAUAUUUAUUUAGUUGUAUCCUAGCGAGGUAUCUCAAAAGUAACUCAAGGUUUUUUGAAAUUUCAGGUUCAGUCAUCACAGCAAUCUGUGUCCAGCAGCCCGCUGCUAACCAAGGAGAAAAGGAGUGAUUUGAAAGUGGACAAUGAGAAACUGAAACGUGACCUGUUUGGAGACUCUUCUACUUCAACAUCUGGAAAAAAGCUCAAGGGGGUGAAAAAGGAAUAAAGAUUAUGCUUCGCUCUGUGUUAUGUGUGACCAUUAUGUGUGACUAUGUUAUGUGUGGCUAUGUUUGAAGAUUAUGUAUGUACAAUAAAGGCAACUUUGGCCACCUAUUUUCUGCCCCUUCAGGGCCCUGUGUUGGCAAGUGUUGGCCUCUUUUAAAUGGUUUUAGUCUAAGGACUCGGGCAUAGGAAAUUUCUAAUCGUGUGUACUGCAGGCACAUCUAUAUGAUAUAUUGUAUUAAGAUAUAACGAAGGGCUGUUAUAUGUUGGACUUCUAUGGGAAAUACUUAUGGACUUAUGGUUCUAGCCUCCUAUGGGUGUUUGGAGGGUGAGAUUAAAAAUACUCAAUGAAAUUCAUUUAGUGUUGGGGCGGAUGAGGGAGUGAUUCCAGAAAUGAAUAUUACCACUGGACUCCAGUAAUAUACAUUUGAUUGGAAGACGUUAUUUUUAGUGAAUGUGUAAUUCACUGAAGUAUGAUGUUGUUUGGUAAAGUUGAGAAUUGUUGUGUAAUUCUCUCUUUAACUUUAACAACUGCCUGUGGGAAGGUAUAUUGACUUUACAUAAUGGCAAUUUUUUUUUAAACCUAUGUGAAGGAUCACACUAAUGAUUUUCUUGACAAAAAUUUGGAUAUUUUUUUAAUAGAACACCACAAAUGAACAAUAAUUUCAAUGUUAUUUUAUAGUUUGUAACACAAAGGGUGCAUAAUGAAAAUGGUUUUAAGAGAAUAUUUGUUAGUGUCUCUCUUAAAGAGAAAAACAACAUUUGUCACAUAAUAUACCAUAUAUCACCCCCCUGAUUGGCUGGCAUAACCAUGGCAGUUAGUUAUACCUAGGCAGUUAGUUAUAUCACCCCCCUGGGGGUGCCAAUGAUUGACACGCAAUAAAACUCCACUACAUACAAUUCGUUUUACUGCAGCAGUUCUUAUAAUGGCUAGCUUUUUUAAAAACCUAUGUGAGGAAUAAGAGUAUAAGACUAAGGAUUUUAUUGAAAAUUGUGAGUCAUUUUUUUGGUGUGUCAAGAAUACUUUCUUUAGGCACAAUUAACAGACAUGUGUACCCCCUAUUAGUCUUCUGGGGAUACAAUUUUAAGGGAGUGUUUGGAAAACUGUGUUUGUGGCGAGUGUGUAAUGCAGCACAUAUAAUGGCAAUGUGAUAUAACAAGAUUAAUUGGGUGGGUGUGAGUGGAGUGGCGUACCUGUUAUCUCUUUGGAUGUCGAUGUGUUUCCCUACAUCUACCCUACAUCUAUUUAUUAGAUUUACAGACCCAUGAUAGGAACAGAAACAAGAAAGAACAAAAAAAUAAAAACCCUUGACAGAAGGAUUCCUCCAAGCCGCAGCCUCAGGAUAGUUAGGCAGGUCCUUGCAAGUCCAGGUUUCCAUCAGCACCAGAAAUGAACAAUAAUUCCAAUUUUAUUUGUAAAAUUGUUACACAAUGGACAAGGAAUGAAAAUGAAUUGAAGUGAAAAUUAGUUAGUCAAAAUGUGAAAUGGAAGACAGUAUUGAUAACAUAAUAUAGCAUAUACCAACCCCGAUUUGAAGUGAAUUUUAGUUAGUCUUAUGUAGGUAAUAAUAAUUUGAUACUAAAUUUUCGGGCGGGGAUGCUUGAAGACAUUAGUGCGGUGGUUAAAUGUUGUCAUGCAUGUUUGUCAAAGAAAUAAGUUUUUUCUACUAGAAUAAAAGUGAAAGACAUUUAUGGAAUCCGUGUGUCUACUUAUUAGUUUUAC